CGGGAAUCCCCACAAGCAGCGAGCGCUCGGCUGAGGUGACGGGUGUCGCCGAGCGGCGGGGGCUUUGGCCGGUUGUGGGGGGCGGUAAAGGCCCCCUACUAGCCCCAGGCUCCUCGUUUAGGCCGUGAGGAGACAACUGGGGAGAAGGCCCACCGAUGAGGGGCUUUGCGGGCAGGCUGGCGGGGAAGCGGGGUGUCUUGCCCUUCCACCGGGCCACCCGCCCGCUCCCCCGCCGCGGGCUCCAGUUCGGCAGGAAGGAUUGAUGUUUAUUCACCAGGCGGUAAAACCGCUCCAGCCGCCUCGGCUUCUUUAUCGCCGCAGUGUAGGGUGACUUGUGAGGAAUUGCCUUCCCCGGAGCCUGGACCUAGGUGGUGGUGGUUUGUUUUGUGGCCUAGCAAGAAACGGUUUCCUUUCCCGAGCUGUUGGCAUCUUCUUGCCUGGAUUUAGCCGUAGAGGAAUGCAGCUGAUAAGUCCUUAACCACCCUGUGCUCCCAUAGGCAGCACCAGAAGCUGGCUUCAUCUUCUCCACUUUGCCACUUUGGGGGUGGGCCUCUCUUUGUUACCUAUUCUGGGUACCUUUUUAGUGGCACUGUAGAUUAAAGGAGAUGGAAGAAAAGGAGCGAUGUGAUAAAUUCCAUCUGGUACCUUGAGACUAAGGAGAUUAAUAUCUUUUGACUUCUUUGUCAGUGGGGGGGAGGGGAAGUAUUACAUUUUAUGGGGUAUGGGUGAAGGGAGGAAAACUAUGUUGUAGAUCUCAACGUGGUUUUUAAAACCAGCCGUCAGAGGCAAUUACUAAAUAAACUGAAGCACAAGAGGAGGGUUUGGGAGCUGGAAGCAGUGCUAGCCUACAAAAGAAAGGGGCAGUGGGCUGCUGUUGUGACUGUGGAGGAAGAAACUUCAGCCUCCUUCGUUUCUCAUCACCUGCUCUCCACCCACCCUGUGAGAAAAUGAGUUGUGUGCCAUGGAAAGGUGACAAGACCAAAUCGGAAUCACCAGAGCCACCUCAGCCACCACCACUGCAUAUUUACCAUGAGAAGCAGCGUAAGGAGCUGUGUGCCCUCCAUGCUCUCAACAAUGUCUUCCAGGACAGCAACGCCUUCACUAGGGAAACCCUGCAGGAGAUUUUUCAGAGGCUGUCUCCCAACACCAUGGUGACGCCCCACAAGAAGAGCAUGCUGGGGAACGGAAACUAUGAUGUGAACGUGAUCAUGGCAGCACUUCAGACCAAAGGCUACGAGGCAGUUUGGUGGGACAAGCGCAGGGAUGUGAAUGUCAUUGCCCUGUCUAAUGUGAUGGGCUUCAUCAUGAACCUGCCCUCCAGUCUUUGCUGGGGCCCCUUGAAGCUCCCCCUUAAGCGACAGCACUGGAUCUGCGUCCGUGAGGUGGGAGGCACCUACUACAACCUCGACUCCAAACUCAAGGUGCCCGAGUGGAUUGGAGGUGAAAGUGAGCUCAGGAAAUUUUUGAAACACCAGCUGAGAGGCAAGAACUGUGAACUCCUGCUGGUGGUGCCAGAGGAGGUGGAAGCACAUCAGACCUGGAGAGCUGAUGUGUGAUCCGGACUGACUCUGUCCUCCCACUACAGCUCCUCCCCUCGCUGAAUUGACAUCCUCAAAACCUGGAUCAUGGGUGCCCCAAGUCCUCUCAUCUGGAAUUUUCUUUGUUAAGAUCUUCUCUUCCUUGGUGCAAUAGGGCAAUGGCGCUGGACACUGGGGGCGCUGGGUGCGGGAGAACUGAGGGCAGAGUGGAGGAAACUGGAAGUCAAUCUCUUCAAUCGCAAAGGCGAGUGAGCUGCUAUAGCAGGCACUGCGCUUGCUCCUGAAAACGGCUUCAGGGCUCUGGGAGCCUUUGGACACCCUUUCCCCACACACUUUGAGGCCAUGUGUGGUGGGACUUGCUGGGGAGGAGCAGGGACUGAGCACACCGCCACCUCUUCGCAAGCCUCUUCCUCCAAAACAAGUUGUCAUGAAGACCGUUGCAAUUCCUACAGGUCUCUCAGGACACGCUCAAACACUAGGAAUGGUACGGUGCUCGGCACCACCCUCUGCUUCCGAGGGGUUGUUUGUGCCAGGAAUUAGGAAACAAUAAUAAAAACAGCAUCAUCUUUCAAUAAA